AUGUCUGAAAGUCUUCAACACCAAGCUGCUGGCGAUGCAACCCCAUUCGCAUUCAUAUGGCGUCAGCUAUUCCAAACAGUCUCCUCUAUCCCAAACGCCGUGGACCUACACGGUCAAGUUGCUUUAGUCACAGGAUCCAAUGUUGGUCUUGGCUUCGAAUCCGCACGCCAACUCCUCGCCCUCAACCUUUCGCAUAUGAUUCUGGCUGUUCGGUCCGAAAGGAGAGGAGAUGAGGCGGCAAAAAAGCUCCGGAAGGAAUUUCCUUCAGCAAAGAUCGAGGUGUCUAUCGUUGAUAUGUCUUGCUACGACUCGAUCAUGACUUUUGCAAAACGAUGUAAGACGCUACCACGAUUGGAUAUCGCCAUCCUGAACGCGGGUCUCAGUCAACCCACGUUUGAACGUACCGAAGGAACAGGUCACGAAGUCACAUUCCAGAUUAAUUAUCUUUCGACAGUACUUCUGGCUCUGGUUCUAAUUCCCAUUCUGCGAGAGAAGCACGGAGCGUCAUCACCAGCUCGUCUGAGUGUCGUUGGCUCCGACACUUCUUAUUAUGCCAACUGGAAUGGCUCAGAGUCAGAGUCUGUCUUGGAGAUAAUGGAUAACCCAAAGUAUUUCGACUCAUGGGAGGCCUACAAGGCCACCAAGCUACUACUGCUCAUGUUUACACGCGAACUGAGCAAACGUGUACCUUCAAGCGACGUCAUCAUCAAUGUAUCAAAUCCCGGCGCAUGUAGAGGAACACAGUUUGGACAAACUGAGCGCUCUAUGCUGCAAGAAGCUUUCCUAUACGCGGCAUCGCUGAUUCUCGGACGCACUCCCAAUGUUGGUGCGCGGCAAUAUGUCGAUGCUGUAACUGUGAAGGGGGCCGAGAGUCAUGGUAGCUUUAUCAGCGAGGGAAGAAUUAAAGCUUUUCCCCCCAUCAUGUAUGAGCAGCGAGGUUUAGCCCUGCAAGAUCAGUUAUGGAAUGAGACAAUGAAGGAGUUUGCUAGGUUCAACAUCGAGAGAGUUUAG